CUUCCAUCGAAUAUUGGUUUUGUAUACAAGAACACGAAAGCAGAAAAAGUGAAGUGAAAAAUCGAAAUUGCCUGAAUUCUAGUUUAUUUAAUAAUAGUUCCUAUCCAAAAUCUGAUAAAGCUUGUCGCAAUAUUUGAAAGGAUAUCAUUGAUGUGCUGAUUUGUACUGUUCGGCAAGAGCCAGCAUGAAAUCUGCGACGUCAGUGGCUGUCUGGGCUGCUUUAUUCAUUUUGUUUACGAAAUGCAUCGAUGGUCGAAGACAUCAUUUGGAAGUGCGGGAUGACGUUAGAAGAUACAUACCCUUGAGCACAUUUGGUUUCUAUUCGGGAGGAAUCUUAGACGUAAAGGUGUCCGAUUUUCGAGUCGUACCUGGUUCGGAGGAAAAUGUUUUUGGGCUCUCAUUGGACAGAACAUUGUCGGAUGCAAUGAAUCCAUAUCUAGAUACUCAUCAGGAGAACUGCAUCCUACGAGAACCAAUUAGUUCACUGCGAAGUGGCCCAAUUGUGUUUUUCAUCAUGGAUAUCAAACAUGAAGUGGUUCAUUUGAACUGUUCAAACGAGUGGCAAAAUGCUCACAUCUACAAAGACCGUAAAGCAAUUCCAGCACUUCGUUUGAAGCGUCAAUCGUUCGCCAAAGUUAGCGAUUCCAAGUCGAUGUAUAUGCAACGACGAAAACGGGAAGAUCAAGCCGCAACAGUUCAGACAUCGGUUUGUCAUAAUAAUUAUUUGACACUCAACUGUGAAAAGAAGGAUGGUUUCAAAAUCUGCUGGUUUAAUUUUGCCGUUUAUGUGGCAAGUAAAGCCGAGGAGGGAUUAUACAACUUGUACUUCCAUAGCUGCCCGAAUUACGAUUUGAACAAUUUGUAUCCUCUGCAAUUCGAUGUCACCAUUGAAGAAAACAACAGUGGAAACUUUUUGUCUGCCGGCGAAAUGCCGCUACCGGCGUUGUACUUUAUGAUGUCUUUGCUCUUCUUCUUGUCAGGCCUGUUCUGGGUGUUUAUUCUGAAGAAGAGCAAACACCCGGUGUUCAAAAUUCACUAUCUGAUGGCGGUGCUGGUGUUUCUAAAAUCACUGUCGCUGAUGUUUCAUGCCAUCAAUUAUCAUUUCAUCGAAACGCAGGGAGAACAUGUGGAAGCUUGGGCUAUUCUGUACUACAUUACUCACCUGUUGAAAGGAGCCGUUCUGUUCAUUACCAUUGUGCUAAUUGGCACCGGCUGGACUUUUAUCAAACAAAUUCUUGCGGAUAAGGACAAAAAGUUGUUUAUGAUUGUGAUUCCGCUGCAGGUUCUGGCAAACGUAGCAGAGAUAAUCAUAGCCGAGAGUGAGGAAGGUGACAAAGAGCACAGUACCUGGCGAGACAUUUUCAUCCUGGUGGAUUUGCUGUGCUGUGGAGCAAUUCUAUUUCCGGUGGUUUGGUCAAUAAGGCAUUUGCAAGAAGCCGCGGGAACUGACGGGAAGGCGGCGAUUAAUUUACGAAAAUUGAAACUGUUUCGGCAGUUCUAUAUUAUGAUUGUUUGUUACAUCUAUUUCACAAGAAUUAUUGUUUAUUUAUUGAAGAUUACAGUCGCAUUCCAGUAUGCCUGGUUGGAUGAGAUGUUCAAAGAGAUGGCGACGUACGUGUUUUUCGUACUGACGGGGUACAAAUUUCGACCGGUGUCACAAAAUCCGUACUUUUCGGUGUGCACCGAUGAAGACGAUGACGACGAUGAAGUUGAAAUUCUUACUCAAACGGGUCUAACCGAGGGAAUCAGUAAGGUGACAAAUCGUUCCCAACCUCCAACAACGAUGAUCCAUGAAAUGAAUGAGGACGACCGGGAAACUUUAAUUAGCAAACGUGAACCGUCUCACGAAUAUGAUUAGGUUACAUUACUCCAGCUAGUUUUACUGCUUCUAAUUUAAUAUCUAUUACUACUACCAUAACCGUGAUGGUCUACGAGGUAUUAGCUGACUGAAGGACUGCGCUGUAUUUUGUUUUGACAUAAUUUUUGAAGCGUACCUUGAAAAUAAAAAUAAUACACUGAAACUUGUGUUUAGUGUGGUAAAAUAGUGAGGCAUGUUGCUACUUCAUCUGUGAUCUUGUCAGUCAGUAUGCAUGCGAAUUUUGUUUGCGCUUCCUAUUUCGUUGGAUUUUAUGCGUGCUAUUCGAUAUUUUGGGAUUCGGAUAACUCUAAACUCUUUCUUUGGUGAGAGGAAAGAAUAAUUAGUCAAAAAACCGAAUUGAAAACACCAGAUAUAAUUUUUUUUUAUCUUAUCCUCGAUACGAAAAUUUGUAAUAAACUCUACUUGAGAAAUGCUGUUCUUUUUAAUCCGCAUUUAGUAACAAAACCAACCAAUAAAUAGCUCGUGACCAAGCAUAAGUGUAACUCGGACAAAUUUUUUUAUGAAAUAUUACCCAUGUAUAGAGCCCAAAUAAAAUUUAAAGAAAUCAGCAAAACGUAGAUUUAAGAUGUACCGUUUAUUAUUGAAAGUAUAACGAACAUUAAAAAAAACAAAUUGAAUUGAGAAUACACUUCUUCCAGGAUUUAGAUAGUGCUGCUCGCCGUCUUAAAAAGACCAUUUUGGACUACGUGAGCUACUGAAUGCAGAGAAAAUGUAGACAAUUUAUUACUUUUCACUAGUAA